AUGUCUACAACCCUGCCGCUCUUCUGGCAUUUGUCCUCGAACGACAAGAAAGAGCGAUUGGACGCCUCUGCCAAGUUAAUUGGGGCACUAGAACAGUUCCAGGCGCAGUUUGUGCCGAAAGCAUCGCCCGAGACCAGCGACGAGGAGGGGGACCAGUCGGAAGAUGAUGCGGAUACGUUAGACAAGCUGAACUCUCAAGAUGUCUCGUAUUCCAUCCGCAGGCUCGUUCGUGGUCUUGCUAGUCCAAGGGAGAGUAGUCGACUAGGUUUUGCUGUCGCAUUGACGGAGUUGCUGUCGCGUAUCAACACGAUCACCUGCAGCCAAAUCGUCUCGCUCAUCAUGGACUCGUCGAAGACUCAAGGGUCGAUGACCGGUCAAGAAGAACGUGACAUGCUAUUCGCUCGCCUUUUCGGCCUCACCUCUGUCAUACAGUCUGGCCUUAUAGUUCGGAAGACACCCCUCCCCGCUUCCGCUUCAUCCUCCACCGUUGCCUCUAAUUCAGCCAGUUACAUAGAGAUCGUCAAGCAGCUGAUCGCAUUGGGAGAAAAGAAGACCUGGUUACGUGAGAGCGCCUGGUGGACGCUUGGACUUGCUUUUGAGGCUCUAUCAAAGUCUGACGUUUCCUGGAGAGACGACGCCCUCGACAUGAGUCUUGACAUCAUUUACGAGAAUAGGAGCUGGUCACCCGAAAAAGUGGCAAUCACGGUAACGCUACAAGAUAAGUACCCGGAGAAGGAUUGGCGUAAAUAUCUUUCACCUACUUUCAAGAAUCCACAUAUCUUGAAUACAGCCAACUAUGCUACCCUGGCGAAGAUUCUCAAGGAGUCCAGUUCGGACGAGGAUGAGGAGUCAGGCUUGAAAUCCGCCGCAGCGGGGACUUGGAAGGCUCAAGUUCAUUAUGUCUGGGAUAUAAUUCUGGACGCAUUAGUGCCCCCGCCGGAAUCAAGCAAAUCUCCUCGAGGAUCACUGCAAGAGUUUUUCCGGAUAGUAGUAGACGACUCCCUAUUCGCUGCGACUUCCUCCGCGGAACGGAAAUAUUGGGGAUUUCAGAUUUUCGAGAAAGCACUGCGCCGGGUGGACGCGUCGGACAUGCCUAUGCUUUUCACGAAGCACUUCAUGCGAUGCUGGAUCAAUCACCUGUCGAAACAAGAUCGUUAUCUGCACAAAGUAGCUAAGCGAGUGGCAACUGAGAUGCAAGCGAUUGUGCAUACGAAUCCGCGGAUGGGAUUCACCCUUAUACUUCAGCUAACAGGUGUACAUGGGAGCCGGCAGUUCGACAAGUUGACUAAGACCAAGACCGUGGAAUCCAUUCUGACCUCUAUGGAUGCGGACGGUAUCAGUAGCUAUAUUGAGUACCUGCUCGAGCAUGUGAACGAGGAGGUCACUGAGACGUUAGAGACGGAUAUUCAGGUUGUCAAUUCCCGAAGAGCCUGGGUAGUCGAGCAGCUGUCGGCUCUUGUCCGCAACGGUGCUGUACCCAAGCAGGACGAUUGGCUCAACACCGUACUCGAAUGGUUAGCCAUACACGGACUGUUUGAGAUCAAGAAAAAAACUGACAAAACCUCAUACCGAGCGCUUCAUAAAGUCCCUUCGCCGCCUCUCUCCGAGGACUUGCGGAAGAGCUGUCGCGCACGACUGCUAAGCUGCCUCUCGGAUUUAUUGACACGUCCGGUUCCAAAGGAUACUGACGGUGUUGAAACCCGCGACUCUGCUAUGCACGCUAAUGAUGGCUCAUUCUGGAUAGGGAGGGUCUUGGACAUUGUUACGACGCUCGAGAAGGAUGAAAAGCACGCGAGGCCCACUGUGCAGUUGGAUAACGAGGAUAAGGAGCUUCGCGACAAAGCUCUUGAACUUACUCGGACGUUGGAUAACGCGCCAGAAGAACAGCAUGGAAUGGCUCAAGGCGCAAAGCUCCUCAUCCAGGGCACACUUGUGUACCAGCUGUGCAACUUCGGAGAGGUGGAUGAUGACUAUGCGGAAGCUCUCCAGGUAGCAGAAAAGAAAAAAGAACGGAGAUCUGAAGCGGUCGAUGAAGACCCACCGCCCAUUGACAUCUUCGUCGAUGCCAUACUCGGUUUCUUGGAGGAGCCGUCAUCGUAUAUGCGCUCCUUAGCCAACCAAUGUUUUACGUUGCUCUGCCACUUUGCAAGAGAUAGUACGGUUGAUCUGAUCCUUGCUCAACUGGAACGCCGUGACCCCACAGAACUCUUGGAUCACCAGGGCGGGCACGAUACGGCUAACGAGGAGGAAGAGUUAGAUAGUAAUGACGACGACCAUCAGUCUUCUGAACAGGAAGAUUCCAACGAGGAAGAGCCUGACACCGUAAUGAGGGACAAGAUUGAGGCUGUCCUUAGUGCGAGUGGUAUCCAGCCUGCUGCUGAGGGGUCUGAGGACGAAUCGGAAGAGCUCAUGGAUGAUGAUCAAAUGAUGGCUAUUGACGAGCAGCUUGCCGCUGUCUUUAAGAACCGGGCGACUGAGGCGAAGAAAGGCAAAGGUGAGCUAGAGCACACGCGCAAGACUCUACGAGCACUGAUGUCCAAAGAUCUCAAUGCCCAGCGGGAAGCAACACAUUUCAAGACUAGAGUGUUGGAUCUAGUCGACAUCCUCGUCAAAAGCAAUCGUGCCAGUCCCUUCAUUCCCCGACUAAUCAUGUCCCUCUUAGAACUCAUAUCUGGCUGCAGUAAGGACGAGAAGCAUCUCGCCGACAAAGCGGGCGGCAUCCUUCGUACCCGCAUCGGCAAAAUGAAGGAAAUUCCGACCCAGGUGGAUGUCGAGGCAACUGUCAAACUUUUGGAGAGCGUCCAUUACCGUGCUCGUCGAGCUCGUUCUGGAGACAUCCUCACAGCAUUCAGCCAAUCUAGCGUGUAUCUGACCCGGAUAUUGCUGCAUCAUGGCGCGAGGAAGGCCACGCAGACAGUGUACAAGGAAUCUUUAGCGGAUUUCGUCACGCGCAAGGCAUCGUGUCUCAAUAUCCAAUUCUUCCAAGAUUUUAUUUGUCAUUAUCCAGCCGUCGCUUGGGGAUUGCGCAACGAUAUGCUGGAACUGACUCAGAAGGCCGUUAAUUCCUAUCGCCGAUGUCAGGUCUACCUGCUCUUACAAGGUCUGCUGGUUCAAAUACCCGUCCAGGUGAAUACUAUUUCUUCGUCUCGUCUUUGUGGUGUCGCCUGA